CAAUGCUCCGCGACUGUCACCACCAAGAUGGCCGACGCUAUGGAGGAAUAUGAGAAAGAAGCUGGCUGCGUCCCUAUUCUCCAUCCCGAGGAAAUCAAACCCCAGAGUCACUACAGCCAUGGUUACAGCGAGAACGUCAGCCGGAAAAACCAUGUGGAUGACUACAGCACCUGGGAUAUCGUCAAAGCCACACAGUACGGCAUCUUCGAGCGCUGCAGAGAGCUGGUGGAGGCGGGCUUUGACGUUCGGCAGCCAGACAAAGAAAACGUAACGCUCCUCCACUGGGCCGCCAUCAACAACAGGAUAGACUUGGUGAAGUACUAUAUAUCAAAGGGGGCCAUAGUUGACCAGCUGGGUGGAGACCUCAACUCUACACCUUUGCACUGGGCCACAAGACAAGGCCAUCUGUCCAUGGUGGUGCAGCUCAUGAAGUAUGGUGCAGACCCGUCUUUGAUCGACGGGGAAGGUUGCAGUUGUGUUCAUCUGGCCGCCCAGUUCGGCCACACUUCUAUUGUGGCAUACCUCAUCGCCAAAGGACAGGAUGUGGAUAUGAUGGAUCAGAACGGCAUGACUCCUCUCAUGUGGGCAGCUUACAGGACACACAGCGUCGAUCCCACCCGGCUGCUGCUGACCUUUAACGUGUCGGUCAAUCUGGGCGACAAGUAUCACAAGAAUACGGCGCUGCACUGGGCCGUGCUGGCCGGCAACACCACCGUCAUCAGCCUGCUGCUGGACGCCAACGCCAACGUCGACGCGCAGAACAUCAAGGGCGAAACACCUCUGGACCUCGCCAAGCAAAGGAAGAAUGUCUGGAUGAUCAAUCACUUACAGGAAGCGCGGCAGGCCAAAGGUUACGACAGCCCGUCAUAUCUGAAAAGACUGAAGAUGGACAAGGAGUUCAGGCAGAAAGUGAUGCUGGGAACUCCAUUCGUCGUCAUCUGGCUGGUGGGUUUCAUCGCUGACCUGGACGUCGACUCUUGGCUGAUCAAGGGCAUCAUGUACGCUGGCGUCUGGGUCGCCGUGCAGUUCCUCUCCAAGGCUUUCUUUGACCACUCCAUGCACAGCGCUCUGCCUCUGGGAAUCUACCUGGCGACCAAGUUCUGGAUGUACUCCACCUGGUUUUACUGGUUCUGGAAUGACCUUCCAUUUGCCACGGUCCAUAUGCCGUUCCUGGUCAACACCCUGGCUUUGUUCUACAACUUUGGCAAAUCCUGGAAGUCUGAUCCUGGAAUCAUUAAGGCAUCAGAGGAGCAGAAGAAAAAGACAAUUGUGGAGUUAGCUGAGACAGGCAACUUGGAUCUAAGCAUAUUCUGCAGCACCUGCUUGAUACGGAAGCCCAUCCGGUCCAAACACUGUGCCGUGUGCAACCGCUGCAUCGCCAAGUUUGACCACCACUGUCCCUGGGUGGGGAACUGUGUGGGAAGUGGGAAUCACCGCUACUUCAUGGGCUAUCUCUUCUUUCUGCUUUGUAUGAUCUGCUGGAUGAUAUAUGGCUGCAUCUCCUACUGGAAGGUGCACUGCGCCACCAGUUAUGCCAAGGAUGGCUUCUGGCUCUACCUGACCCAGAUUGCCUCUUGCUCGCCUUGGAUCUUCUGGAUGUUCCUCAACAGCGUCUUCCACUUCAUGUGGGUGGCUGUGCUGAUCAUGUGUCAGCUCUACCAGAUCGCGGCUCUUGGAAUCACCACAAACGAGCGGAUGAACGCUCGCAGAUACAAGCACUUUAAGGUUACGGCCACGUCCAUCGAGAGCCCAUUCAACCACGGCUGCUUCAGAAAUCUCAUAGAUUUCUUCGAGAUCCGCUGCUGUGGCCUGAUCCGGCCCGUGACUGUGGACUGGACCACUCAGUACACAAUAGACUACGACCAGACGUCUGGCUCAGGCUACCAGCUGGUGUAGAGAAGGAAGUGGCGGACGAAGACAAAACGGAGGGGCUGGGAGGGAAGCUAAGAGUGGAAAACGAAGCUUUUUGGAAGUAUUGAUCCCCUCCCCCUUUGGCGCUGGAAUUUUGAGCGAUGCGGUUCAUUUCGGUUUUCUCUUGUUUUUGCGGACCACCUCUCCUUUGCUAAUUUAAGACUGGAGAAUUAGACAAGACAAGCAUGCAGUUACGGGGCAUCGUCAUCACUCCUGCCCUUUUUCACUACUGCUACUACUUUCCCCCCCAACCCCACCUUCUCUCCUGGGCCUUUUGGACGGUGUGUUGCUGCCAAACACAAACAGAGCGGGGAGAGUUCAAAAAUAAAAGCUCGUCUGUCUGUCCAGGAAACGUGAAACUCGGUGAUGAGGCAGCAUUCUCCCUUCAAACUCCCGUCUGCCCUCCCCGUACUUCAUAUCUUGUUUUCGUUGUGUGUCUUUGAUGUUGUGAAUGAUGAUCGGAUCGGGAAUGUUUCGGUGUGGCAGGAAAACCUAAAGGAGCGAUUUUUUUAGGGAAAGGAAACGUGAAUGGACUCUCGGUUUGAUAGGAAUAAGGGAAUGUCUUUUUAAAGGUCUUGAUUUUUGCACCGUGCCGAAUCACGAACAGAGCCGACGAGGACUUGCAGCACUUAUCAGAUGAAAUGUGUUGGGAUUUCAGGAGGGAACUGUUGGAGGAAUCCCAUCGUUUUUUGUUUUUUUUUCCCCUGCCCACCCCGACCGCUUUCUGCUAAAAUAAAGCUGCAUCCACUGUCAUAACCUGGAAACGGUGCAGCGGCCAAGCAGAACCGGGACUCCCUCAGCAGCGACCAUGCUGAACAUCACAGAUAUCCUCCAGACAAUGUGAUACAGGUCUAUUUAUUUAAAAGCUAUUUAUAGAGAAAGUAACUAUGUUCUAGCGCCAUCGGUUUUACAUUUCAAUUUAGCUGUGUAGGAUUUUUGUCUUUUUUUUUUUUCCAAUAUGAAAGAGAGCAUUUUAAAGAGGUAUAGCUGAUAUGAAAGAGGUUAACUAGAAAACAAACCAGGUACGGUGAGUGUAUUUAUUCAUAGAAACAGAAGAGGAAGUAAGAAGUUUACAGAACAGCCUCAUUCCAGACAUUUCUCGUUUUAAAGCUAUAAAGUCUUAUUUGUUGUGUCUUUUUGUCUGCCUACGAUGUUGCACUGAUUAUUUUUAUUUUAGUUCGAUGAAUAUAUAAUUUUUUUUUUUUUUUUUUUGGCCGUUACUGAACAGGAGGUCCAGCAGUUUCACGCCAACACUUCCAUUGUUAGCAGAGAGGGGAAACUUGGGGGGGAGGGAAGGUCCUCUCUUCCCAGAAACCCCUGCGUGUGUGUGUGUACGUGUGUGUGUGUACGUGUGUGUGUAUGAGAGAGGAUCCUGCUGCAGCAGCAGGAGGGACUGAGCUGUAAAGAAUGUGCAUUUGUAUAUAAACAGUUUUCUCCUUUGUCAGUGUUAGUUGAAGGUGCUCCUGGGGAUUUGAUUUUAUUGUCCUUUUGUUGACCUAAACAUAAAAUGGAGACGGUCAAAUUACUAUAAUCCAUGUUGUAUGACUGUAGCUUUUAGUGAUGUCCGACGCUGCUGUCUAUAGGCAUUUGAGCCCGCCCCGUUCCCCUUUAAGUACCUGGAACCUCUCCACUGCAUGUACAGGACAGCUGGGCUCCCGCAACGGACCCCCCUCCACCCCCCCUUAUCAUGGUCACCGUGGUGACGGCCCAGCAAAAGCCACGUUUGUCUGUAUAUAGUGAAUGUUAAAGUAUUUGCAAGUAUGUUUCUGCAUUAUGUUCAUCCGGUUUUUCGGGAGGGGUUUUCGAGUCAUUCUUCAGAUCCAGUGUGUUGUAAGUGGAGGUUGCCAGACUCCCAGGUGGGCCAUCCCAAACAGGUGUGUAAUAUAUUUGAAUGUUUCAUACUCCAGUUUUUGUUUUGUUUUAUUGUCAUAGCAUUGCUGGCUUUUUGUUAUACCACUGGAUGUAAAACUUGUAAAGCGAAAAUACAAUUUUUUUUUUUUUUUUUUCUAAAGCGGAGAUGUGUUCAUGCAAUAGUUUUAAAGGAUAGAGAGAGGUUAUAUUCGACGAAGCGGCUUUCGCAUCAGCAGAAGAAGAGCUACGCCCGUUGCUAAUCACCGAUGUCACUACGGAUGCCUCACAUGUGACUCAUAUCAUACAAUGCCUUUUUUUUUUUUUCUUUUUAAAGUGGGCAGCAGUGAAUGCUGGUUGAUUGGUUCACCACGUUCAGGUUCAUUGUGAUCUCAAAACCUAUCUUAUAUUACACUAGAUCUUCCAGCAGCUGCAAAUGUCUAUCUACUCUACUGCCCACCCCAGAUCAUUCACCUCACCAUGUGGGAUAAUAGAAGAAGAAAAGAAAAAAAAAAGCACAUAAUCAUCUCCAGUGCCUCUCUGCCCACCUUCAGAUACCACUGUAACUCCGCUUCAGAUGUAAACAUAUGGGCAUGGUUCAGUUUUAAUGGCUUUAAUAAUAAAAUACAGUCAAACGUGAA